GCCGUGAGCUGCAUGUAAACGGAGUCAUUAGCCACGCGUUUGUCAAUGUGAAAAAGUCCCACGGAAGCCUAUACAAAUCCCCUGUUCAAUUGAAUUGUUAAUGGCAGGAAAUCAAAGGCCUCUAGAAGUGGAUCUAACAGUCAUUUCUGCAGAAGAUCUGAAAAAUGUGAAUUGGCAAUAUGGCGAUCUGCGUCCCUGUGCUGUAGCCUGUGUCGACCCCUACGUUAAGUAUUUGACUCAGGUCGACCCAGAGGGCGACACGAAAUUCUCAUGGAACGAGAGGCUCUUCAUUCCCGUCACAAAGCCGCUGCAGGACGCCGAGCUGACGAUCGACAUUGUCCAUGAUAAGCCCUCCGAGCUGACAAAACCCUUAGUUGGAACCGCCAGGGUUCGACUCUCAGAAAUCCUGGACGAAGUAGGGUUCGAACAGAGGCAAGAACGGACCCUCAAAUUGAAGCGCCCGUCUGGCCGCCCGCAGGGUAAGCUCGAGAUCGCGAUCUGUGUGAGGGAAAAGCGAUGGCCCCAGCAGAAGUUUCCUUACAUGCAGUUCUACACCACAACGGAUUAUGCCCUUUCCCCUGCACCUUAUUCAUCCCAACAGUACCCAUAUGGUGCAAACCCUCCUCCACAGCAGUACCCAUAUGCAUAUGGUUCAUACCCUCCUCCACAGCAAUACCCUUAUGGUAGUAACCCUCCUCCACAGCAAUACCCUAGUGGACCUUAUGGAAACCCUUACCCACAACAGGCCCCUGUUUCUUAUUAGGGUUCUUCUGGUUAGGGUAGUGGGCCUGCUUAUGGUGAGACUCAGAAGCCCAAAAACAGUAAGUAUGGAGUUGGGACUGGUUUGGCAGUGGGAGCUGUGGCUGGGGUUUUGGGUGGCUUUGCUCUGGCUGAGGGAGCUGGUUAUGUGGAAGAUAAUAUUACUGAAGAUGUUGAAGAGAAGAUUGAGGACGAUUAUGCUGAUCAGGGUGGUUAUGAUGACUAUGAUGGUGCUGAUAACUACUGAAAAAGUAGUCUUAAAUACAGGAAGGAAAGGCCUUUUUAGUGUUUGAGGUUUCCUUUAAAUUAUGUUUUUUUCUGAUCUGAACUUGAACUUGUAUUUAGAUAAUAUGCAUUCA